AUGAUCAGCAAACAGUCUUUUCACCCCAUGCCCUCCAUGGGAUGCGAUAAUGGCAUGCCCGAGUAUAAACACUACACAUCGUCAGCAGAAGAAUUCCUCGAACAAGAAGUCUUCAGUCUUGGAGCGUCCCCAGGUUUCCGUUCACUACCACCAGGCCCAGAGCGAGACUUCCUCACUCUCUCAUGGGGUCCUAUUCUCUACCGUACGUCAUACGCCCCGGAUACCAAGCGUCUUCUGCCAGUAUACCUGCGGUGCCUGAACGACGCCGUGGGUCAAUCGUUGCGCCGCACCCUGACAGGCUCUGAUGAGCAGAUCCGGAUCCUCACAGAGACGUACUCGUCCAAACUUUUCAACUCUCGGGAUAUGUACGCUGAUAUGAGCGAGGAGGGGAUUCGGCAGGUGUUUCAUGAGUUUAAGGUGGCGUUGGCGAUACCUGAGACAGAGCUGCCGAGUAGACUGCGUGUAUGUCUGAUGAUUGAUGAUACAGUUUUGUCGCAUUUAAAGAAUGUUUUGGAUGCCUCGUCUAUGGUUGGAAGCGAUGCUGAUUUGGGAAGUUGUUGGGUAAAGGUUGUUGAGGAGAAUUAUCCUGAUUCGAGAAUGAGCGAUCAUCCACAGAUUGAUAUUGGUGGUGUAUCUGACUGUGUGAGGAAAUAUCGGGGUGCAUAUCACGGUUGGACGACAGUGGCGCUCGAUGCAUUGGUAGAGGUGUUUGAUGGAUUAAGGCAGCUCAAGUCUUUGGUUGAUUAUCACCGUGAGGGCCGGGUAUACUUGGGAGAAGGUGAAUGGAGCAAACAUUGA